AUGGCGACCAUGACCACAGAAGAAGUGCAAAGCGUUCACAUGUUCUUUGUCGUCGUGAGCGUCACGCCGAUGGUCUUUACUGGAUACUUUCUUGUGAAAACAGCUAUUAUGUUCUUCAGUUUUGAUCCCGAUUGUACCAACGCUCAUUUGGAUUGGGAUUUGGCACUUGGGUUGUUCCUGUUUACUCUUUUCCUCGUGGGAACGCUUAGCCUUGCAUGGAGGGUGACUGCCCUCCAAAGUACUUGCAUGGCAUUGCUGCUGGUUACCAUCGCGGUGAUUCUUGUGGCGAGUGGGAAUAUCAUCAAAGGAGGAACCGAAUCUAAUGAUUCCAAAACAAUAGAGGAGUUGUUGCAUUCCCAACAGGAGUAUUAUUGUCUCGAGACUUAUCCGUCGUGGGCACAAACGUUUCUUUUGAAGGACAAUGACUGGCAUGUCUUCCAGAAAUGUAUCAUUGACAGAAAAAUUUGUGAGAAUUUUGACAAGGAAGAUCUUUUUCAGGGAGGUUGCUGUAAACCGCCCAUUUACUGCGGUUUUCAACUGAAGAAUCAAACAUGGCUGAUCCCAGAAGCUGGACUGUAUUCUAAUGAUGCAAAUUGUCAGAUGUGGAGCAACGAAAAAGGGAGGUUGUGCUAUAGUUGCGAUACCUGCAAAGCUUCCUAUAUCAACGACUUGUCAUUCAAAUGGUACAUGAGAGGAGGUAUAAUAAUGUCUGCAGUCGCGGUAUGGAUUAUCAGCUUUGGUUGUUCUUACGGAAUUGAAAUGGAUAACAACCGACGACGUAACAGGACUAUUGAGUCUGCUUAUGUAACGGCAUGAUCAAAUUUGAGACCAUUGUCGGAAUUCUUCAGAAGUACAGUCACAAAUCAAAGUUGUUAUUGGGUAACGGAGAAUGUAAAACCAAACACUUCACAUGUACAUUCACAUGAUGUGUGAAGUU